AUAAUAAAUAAUAAUAAUAAAGUCAUUAUCAUAGUUAAAGCAUUGUGAAAUCUGUGCUCAGACUGAAUAAAAGGAGCCUGCCUCUUUAAGAAGCUCUACCUGCGCUUGGAUUCCAUAGCAGCGAGCGACAAGCACGCCCGCACCCGCUGUCACUCAAAACGACUGGGGAGAAACUUCUCAAACAAUUAAAGAGAAGCAGAGCCGGGUUUGAUUAAACAAACAAACAAACAAACAAACAAACAACUGUGUGACAUUUCACAAGAUGGAACCACACGUGCUAAACAAGGUUUUAUACUGAGCAGCAGAAGGCAGUUAGCCUCCCGUUCACACUCAAGGGCCGGGGCAGACCUCGCGAUGCUGGAUAAAUCGCCAGCAGGACAGGGCGGGGGCUGGGGCGGGGGCGGGGGCAGCCAUUUCAACGGUUUCUACAUUGAGCUGCGCAAGAAAUACCCCAGCGCCUUCCCCCUGGCAGGAGAAGUCGACAAAGUCAAGCUCGCUGCCUCCCAAAAGCUGCCCAGCUUGGGGCCUCGGACGAUCCUAAAGCCUGAGGCCUUUCCUGACAACCUAGCCCAGAAUACAGCGCUCCUAGGCAGUCGGGCCAGCCACGCUUUCCUUCUCAAGGUGGAGAACGAGAGGAGCAAGCAGAGGAGCAGUGCGGAGAAGAGGCCGUCAAGCGGCAGGCCUCUUAUCGUCAAGGGAAACCAAGUUGUGGUGCCUGCGGUCAGAGAGCAAGUCCCGAUCCCAGCAAAGCAACUGAGGCUGCCGUCCCUAAGCAAUCAGAUCGAGCAGAACCGAGCCGCGCUCAGAAACCGUCUCAACAACUGGGUCCCUCCCAGAGCCCUGCGUUCCGGAGGUGGUCCUGUGCUGCAAAGCCAGAGCUCGCCAGGAGGGGGCGGCAUUGAGCACCCCCAAACAGCCUCCAGUGGCUGGAAUUCCUUCAGCGAGCGCUCGGAAGACGCGGGGUCUGGCAGCGAGGUCAGGCCACCGACUCUCUCCCCAUGCCCGAGGGCGCUGAGCUCCGUGACGGCUGAGCUGCUACUCCCCAACAAACCCAAACUGGAGCUCCGCGCCGGGCCUGCAAAAAGCAGACUCUCGGUGUCAGACAGCGACGGUGAUUCGGGAAUUUCACUGGGCUUCCUGGCUUUCAGGCCCAAAGACCCCUUCACCCUCAAGCCCCCGCCCUGCCUCGCCCCCCGCAGUGGGAGAUUAGCCAAUCAGAGACAGCCCAGAUCGGGACCGCUGAAAGCAGACCACAACAUCCCCAUCCUGUCCUGCAACAGCAGCCUAGGGGAGCCUGAGCAGAGACGACUAAGCCUGCCCACUCCAGCGCUGCCCAGCCUACUACAGAAGAGAGGCCCCUCCCCCUGUAGGAGCCCCGCCCACUUCAGAGGCCCCACCCCUUCUACUGGCUCCUCCGCAUUCCGAGGCUCCACCCCCUCCCGAGUACGCUUCCAGGACGAGUCCCCAGUGGAAGUGGAGUCCCGCUACCAGGAACGGCUGCUGCUGAGCAGGGGGGCGGGAGGGAAGGGCUGGGCAGCACCAGCGGGUAACAGCAGCACCAGUCUGGAGAAACCUCCUACAGGAGCCACCACUGUCCCAGAGAGCGUGGAGCUCAGGCGGGAGCGAGAUCCUAAAAGCCAAGUAGCCAGGGAAGAGGACAGUGCAGGGGCAGAUAAGGGAGGGGGUCCGGGGGACCCCUCCUCCAGCAGGCAGGACGGUCAACAGGACCUCCCGGACCAGAGCAGAUCUGAUAUGGGGAGGGAAGCUGAAGGUGGAAGUUCUACCAAGGAGAACAGCUGCCCUGGGAAGAAGGCAGCAGAUCCAGAGAGAGUUAGCCUAAAGGUCUCUUCAUCUACGGAUUGGGACGUGGAGCAAGCAGAGGUCUCCCGGCGUCUUCCCCAACCUGGAAUCCCCAGCCCGGGACCAGCAGGGGACAGAAGCCCUCUGAGAGGGGGAGGUAGGGAGGCUCCGGGGUUCGGUGGGAUGUUGAAUCAACCCAGUCUACAGCGCACCACGAGGCUGUCAGGGUGCCGGUCGCUCGACUGCCACCAGCAGGGAGUCAUCACCUGCCAGUGCUGCACUCAGCCGUCACCAGAGAAAGCACAGCGGACCAAGAACAACACAGCCCCAUGCUCGGCAGCGAGGGAAGCCCCCGACCUCCUCCGGCUGUACACCAGGGUGAAGAGGACUCUGAAAGCCCGGGUGAAGCGAAUGCAGGGGCCGAAGAACAGCAACGAGGAGGCCUCGCCCUUCGACUACAUCGACCACACCCAGAGAGGCGGGGCCGUGGAGAGCAGCUCCAAUCAGUGCUCUGCACAGAGUAAGAAGGAGCGGCUGUACGCCGUGACCGAAGGAGCGCCCCCUGCUGUUCAGUGAGUAGUUCAGUGUGGAACCCGAACCCUUUUCUGUGCCUCUAACGGCGCUCCACCACCUUUCUGUGUUCUGCACUGUCCCUGCUGGGCGAAGGGUUCAUUUCAGUUUAAAACCCAGAUGAAAAUCUUGCAAAAGUGAUGUUUGCUACACUUUGCAAGACUGAGACUUCUUGAAGACGUCAGCGUGUUGAGAUAGACUGAGUAGCAGCCGUUUUCAUUCUGGACAGUAAAAGAACUGCAGCUGCAUUCCAAAUUAACAAGCUGCAGAACUGACCUACAGAGAGCCUCCUGUGAAAACCCUUUACUGAAACGGCCUGUAAACAGGACGAUGCAGCUUUGACCUACCUCAGAAUGGGACCCCUGACCUUCCUUCCACUGUGCCCCUGGAUCUCUGUACCCUCUGCUUCCCAGCCCCGUUGCCAGGCAACCCUCGCAGGGCUGCAGCGUGUCUGUCCGCGCGGACGUGCCUGGGCGGCUAUGCGGGAUUGGAAUCUCAAUGCCAGUUUGCAGAGUGUCAGGGGGAAAGGUAGAGGGGCUGGCUGGAUUCCUCCUGGACUGACUCCUCCUCCUCCCAGCAGCAGAUUCAGAGUCUCCUGCUGCACACAGUCCUUCACGAUCAGAACCGCUUCGUUUCUUAUUGGAAUUCUGUUCAUGCGCACAGGCAGAAUUGCAAUAUAAGGUUAGCUCAGGAAGCCUCUUUUCUAGGUGUGUCAAGAUGCAACUGUGUGUAGUGGAAUCAUCUGUCUCUCUCUCUCUCUCACUAUUCACUAUUGAAAACAAAGAAAACGGCAAUAUUUUUUUGCGCACUGAAACUGAAUCACAUUAAACACUUUUGCAGGGAAUACGUUCCUGCAAUACUUUCUCAUCGCCGCUAAGUAAUACAAAGUACCAAUUUCUGAAGUCACUGUAAUGUAGCGGGUCUACCACAAGGUGGCAGUGUUGUGCUGUUGAUGGUAGUCCGAGGAGCGCACCAUCACGGCAGCUUUUCAUUGCAGAGCCGCUAGCGAGCUGGAUCUGGUGUCUGUUUUUCGUGUGUGCCUUUAUACAGCAGGUGCUAUAAAGCUAACCAAGAGACCGCGCAAGAAGCGCUUAUACACGUUGCACUGCUGCAGUUUGCAGUGUAACUGCGCGUUUCACGACCCUGCGGAACAUAAUGAUAAACGCGUUGCACACGACGUCACCCCUCCUACAAAUUCACAUCCUAACCAAAAAGCCGGAUUAAACACAACAAAAUAGCCUGUUUCCAUAAUGUCACAAUAUUCAUUAAAUCACUACCGGUUUAUUUAUUUUAUUUUUCAUUUUGUUCGUGUAUAUUAAAACUCUUAUUAAUCUUAUUAAACUCAUAUUAAUCGUAUUAAACUCUUAUUAAUCUCUGAAAUCCAGGCGCUGUAGCUAAAAAUAACUGUCUCAGAAUAGGUCGAGGCGAAAACGGUCUCUUUUUCACAGGGCAGUUUUGUUUUGGGUAACUUCGCGCAUACUGGCUGUGUCGAGAGCAUUUAGACUCCAGUCGAUAGCGAGUCAGUCAGCAGGCUUGGUUCGGGUCAGCUCGGAUACUGCAAUCCGGGUUCAGUGGCUGAAGCACAAAAGAGUCUUAUACUCCAUCUAGUGGAUUACUGCGGUAUUGCAAGCGCUGUUUUCAGUUGCGCGGCUUGCAUUCCACUCGUGGUGCACCAACAAGCACGCUGCCUGCCUCCCAGCACAACACUACAGGAGGAAAGAUCCCUCCCGCUGGAAGUGAUGGGUGCCCUCCCUGGGAAUACUGCCAGCAAAAAAAAACUGCAUGAAAUUGAGAAAAAAAUGGAAUCUUCCAGUUUAAUAUAUAUAUUUUGUUGGUAAUAAUGUGAAGCAAGGAUAUAUGCAUGGCAGGUUAUUGAAAGAAAAUUAAAUUGCAGGUUAUGAUGUGUUUUUCAAGACACGCCACAAUUAAUAUCCCACUGCUAAACAAAACUGAACCAUGUGCUUCCCUUUGCAAUAACAAUGCAAAUCUGCCUAAAGUAACACCCACAAAAAAAUAUUCUUAAAGCAAUGGGCUACAGAGCAAUACAUAACUGUCCUGCUUUGAACCAAAGCCUCAUAUUCAAGGAGGAAUAAAUCAGCGCGGAGGAGCUGCACAGACGAGUAACUGAGCAGCUGCUAGUCAGUUUGUGAUGCCUCCUCCUCUUUGACAGCGUGCUCCCUGCUGCUCUGUAAAGACAGACCUGCUUCUAAUGUAAAAGCAGCCCACAGUAAAAGCACAGUGUAAAACACACAGAGGCAUGCUGAGAGCCUCCUGUGAGUAAGUCCUGGUUCUGCUGCUGUCUCACUGUCUGCUGUCACAUUGUUUUACUGCUGCUGUUACCGGCGUGGAGGCCUGGGCUGGGAGGGCCCUGGACGCACUCUCCCUGAUCAUUCUUGGGCCGGGAGAGCCCUGCACGCACGCCCCCUGAUCAGUCCUGGGCUGGGCGUGCCCUGCACGCACUCUCCCUGAUCAGUCCUGGGCUGGGAGAGCCCUGCACGCACUCUCCCUGAUCAGUCCUGGGCUGGGAGAGCCCUGCACGCACGCUACCUGAUCAGUCCUGGGCUGCUGGGAGAGCCCUGCACGCACGCUCCCUGAUCAGUCCUGGGCUGCUGGGAGGGCCCUGUACACACGCUCCCUGAUCAGUCCUGGGCUGUUUGUUCCUCCGCAGAGCAGGGACCCAAAGGAGCGAAACAAACAAGGAAUAAACGACCGGCCGUGCAAGAAGAGGUGUUGGUGAAAAGGUUUUGUCUGUGUGUCCGUUAGCUUGCUAGCUUCCUUCAAUCAUUCUUUUCCUUCAUUCUUCACUUCUACCUACCGAUCCUGAGUGUCGAAGUGGACGCGCUCUCAGUUUUAAAGUACUGUGCUCGUCAGGGCACAGCGAAUCCUGUAAUAGCAUUCUACUGUAAUGUAUUAUACAGCACCUACAUGAUAUAGGAACAUGAAUCAGGGCACAUUUUAUUUAAAAAAUAUGACUUAUGGGGUGUAAUUUGGGGAUUGCGUGCAGACUAUAUAGUUUUUAAUGAAAUAUAAUAAUCUGCAUACAUUUCAAACUCUUAUUUGUUACAACUAUAUCUAGACAGCAGUUUAAACAUACAUCUAUCUAUUUAUCUAUCUAUCUAUCUGUCUAUCUAUCUAUCUAUCUAUAAUAUUGUAGUGGUGCAAUAGCUGUGAAUGGUGUUGUAAUAAUAAGUAUUUUCUUUAUGGUGUCCGUGUGUUAGUUUUAUUGCUUGAGUUUUAGCCAGCGUUGACAAUGGUCCUGUCUCUGUUUGCCUGUGAAGCCAUUAGCACCUCUCCCCCCGCUCCCUCUCUGUGCCGGGACAGGGUGAACCAGUUCUGGGCGUGUCCCUCAAACACAGAGCCUUCAUUCAGGGCUGUGGGCAUGUUUACAGAGCAGCCCUGCAAUAGACUGACUGCUGGAGCGCCUGCAUGAGCGUGUGUGGGAGUGUGUGUGUGUGGGAGUCUGUGACAGUGUGUGUGCGAGUGUCUGUGAGUGUGGAUGGCUCACCCACUGAUGAUAUAGCUUAUGAUUAAUGCUGCUGUGAAAAAAAACCCAUUCCUGAUCAAUUCAAAGGAUGCCCUCAUCGAGAGUGCCUGUGAAUAAGCCGCCAUCUGCUGAUUCCAAAGUCAUCUCAACCAAGGCCCAUACAGUGUUUCAGAUUCAGCCCGUCCUGCUAAUACAGGAUCCCCAGCACCCUCCUGCUGUGCCCUGCGAGGGUGGCCCCUCCGGGGGCCCUCGAGGGUCAUUGCUCCGCAGCGAAUGGGAGAUACUCGCUGUGCCUCAUCCCAGGCUGCAGCACACUGCAGUGAUAACAACAUGAAGAAAAGUAACCGAUGAACUGAAAACUCUCUUGUCUGCUGCCGGUGUGUUUUCAGAAUGAAAUAGGGCAGCUCGUUACACAACGCUCUUGUGCUUCUCAGCUCAGGCAUGAUCUUCCUGGCUCUCCACCAAGCCCGUCCCACUUUAAGCUCUAGGCAGCCUUUUCUAGGUCACAGCGACAGCAAAGCGCCCGCUCUCUUUUUGCUGUGUGUGCUGAUCUGCUGAGAGCUCACUGCCUAAACCCUCACAACGACAGCCUCAAUGCAGGGCUCGGACCCUCAACCCACAGCCAGCAUCAGGAGUUUACAGCUCUAUAUAUAGUAUACCGCGGUACACCCUGACAGCAAUGUGAUGCUUGUGAUCCAGCCAUCUGAAACGUGCUUGUGUCGGAUGACUUGUAUGAGAGAGCGUGUAUCACACGCAUUAGAGGAUUAACUGUGCUGUUGAGAUCUUGCAUAAAAACAACACUGCACUGGGUGCUGUACGAAACAAGAGGAUAUUCAGCCCACGCCCCAUUGUCACCAGAGCUCUGAGCUCAUUAGCGGAGUGUCCUGGAGAAGCCUGGUGACCAGGCCUGCUCCGCGCACCACAGCCAGGGUGGAGACCUGCAGGUUCUACUCUGUCCUGCAGGGUGCAGUGCAGCACUUGCUGCUCAGGGGGCGCUGCUGUGGAGACUGUCCUGCUCAGUAGUAAGAGUCGAAUCGGGCAUUCGAAACUGGGGAGUAUAGAGGACUGGAAAAUUACAACAACAACAAAAAAGGCUACAGUCCUGCCGAGAGUUCAGAUAGACCCCCUACCCCUGGGCACUGACCCACUAGCUAAUGUUUUUUCCAGGAAUCUGCGUGCUAGUGGAUUGGACGGGAGCAUCCCUCUUGCUGAGAGCAGCUCCAAUUAGAAGGGGCUGAGCUGAGCUGAUCUGAGCUGAUCUGAGCUGAGCUGAGCUGAGCUGAGCUGAGCUGCUGUAACCUCCUAGCCCAGCAUUUCAGUGUUAUUGAUGCGCUUUCUUUAGCUGCGCCCCUUCGACCCCGCCAUAGUGCUUUAUCCGUGUAAGUGGCGUGUUGAAGAAGGCUCUGUUCUCACUGUGCUGAGACCCCAGUCACUCUGCCUGGUUAAAAAUGCAUGGCAGCCUCCUUAUCAAUAUUGAAUACAUGCAAGCCUCUUAUCUGGAACUGGUGUGUCUUUAGAAAUACUCACAAAAACUGAGCAAAUCCACGGACCAAUGUUUCCACUAGAAGUCUUUCUCAGUGUCUUCAGUGUAAAUUCAAUGACUAACGUUUCCACUAGAAGUCUUUCUCAGCAUCUUCAAUGUAAAUCCACUGACUAAUGUUUCCACUGGUGGUCUUUACAGUGUCUUCAAUGUAAUUUCAGUGACAAACAUUUUUCUUCGUGCUUCCAAGGCCUCCUCAGUCACUGGUUCACAGUUUCAAUUUGCACCUGCUGACAGCCAGACCCCUCCACCCUUUGUGUGAGAGUAAGCAACCUUCAAUAGUGAGACCGCCCCUGUAUUCAGCGCAUCAUCAACACAUCCAAACACAUCAAGUCUCUGAACACCUGAAAGGAACAUGAUGCCACUCUCCAUUAAAACAACCAUUAGACAAGAAAGCAGCGAUUUACAACAGCUAGCACUGAAGCAAACUCCCAUGUGUUGCAAGUGUUUUAACGAGUUUAUUUGAGUGAAUUUCAAAGCCCUAUUGAGUGUAUCAUGGUGCACCCUUGCUGGAGAUUUCUACCAACCUGUUUACUCUUUUCCAUCAUACCCCCCCCCCCCCCC